UUCAACGCGCACUACAACCUCACGCGCCACAUGCCCGUGCACACGGGCGCGCGGCCCUUCGUGUGCAAGGUGUGCGGGAAGGGCUUCCGCCAGGCCAGCACCCUGUGCCGCCACAAAAUCAUCCACACGCAGGAGAAGCCCCACAAGUGCACGCAGUGCGGGAAGGCCUUCAACAGGAGCUCCACGCUCAACACGCACAUCCGCAUCCACGCCGGCUACAAGCCCUUCGUGUGCGAGUUCUGCGGCAAGGGCUUCCACCAGAAAGGCAACUACAAGAACCACAAGCUGACGCACAGCGGCGAGAAGCAGUACAAGUGCACCAUCUGCAACAAGGCCUUCCACCAGAUCUAUAACUUGACUUUCCACAUGCACACCCACAACGACAAGAAGCCCUUCACGUGCGUCACGUGCGGGAAAGGAUUUUGCAGAAACUUUGACUUAAAGAAGCACGUCCGAAAGUUGCACGACAGCGUCUCCAGCGCAGCGCCGCCGCCGCGGGACCCUGCGCGCAGCGGCCAGAGCUAAGGGCCGCCCCGGACCUGCUCCUUCAGGCCAGCACUAUUUAUCCAAAGCAGCCUUUGCUUUUUUUUUUUGCUGUCUUUCUCCCCAGCG